UAUGGCCAGGCAGGUGAGUGUGGGAGAAAUAGUUUCAGCCAUGCCGCGAACACACCGACACCUGUCUGGAUUAGGAGCUGUUUCUGUUUGCCAGCUCGUCUUUCUGUGAACCAGGAGACAGUGACGUGGUCUCAUCUCACCUGGACGCUCGUGAUCCGGCAGCGGUUUCACCUGUCACCGCAGCAGCAGGGAGGCUACCGGUCCGACAGGUGGAGCAGGACCGGUCCGACAGGUGAGCAGGACCAGGUGCAUUCCGCCACACAGACACGCAUCCGCCUGCUGCAGGAUCACUCUAAGCCCCACUGCUGUUUCUGUCUAACUGAUGCUGUGUCCAGAUGUAAGAACAAAGACUUCUCCGACCUGAAACUUUCUGUUCCUCCUGACUGGUGCAAACUGCACACUGAGUGGUCAACAUCUCCUGCUCUGCUGACUGCAGCUGGGAGAGACUGCUGCAGGAGGACUGGGCCGCUUCUUCCCGUUGCCACGACGAUGCAGGUGUUAAUCCCACCUGCUGUGUCGGUGUUGGUGUCUCUGCUCAGCUUGACUCUGCUGCUGCUGCUGUGUGUCAUCAGGAAGAAAAGAAGUAUGGAGGGAACGUACCGGCCCAGCGCCGAGGAGAACAAACAGACGAGGUCGGCGGCGCCUGAGAAACCUGGCCUGCCUCUCCCGCUGCCCAAAGAGGAACGCCUCAUAUGAUGGAUGUAUAGAGGCAGACUGGACCAAUACCUGGAUCAAUACCUCCUGCUUUCUGAUGCUGCUUUGCUGCUGGAAUGAUCCUGUAUUUAAAAACCUUGAGACACACUGAACACCUUUUCAUUCUUGGCAACACUGAUCGGACUACGAAUCAUACCGCCUGUUUCACUGCAUGAAAAGAGGAAAUAAGUGUCAUUUAGCGUAUUCAAAAGUAAUCACUCCCUUUAUUCUGCCACAUAAAGAACAUGAUCUGAAGUAUAUUUUGUAUUUGUACAGAGGUUUGUAUAUUUUUACUGUUCUGUGUAUUUAUAUAAAACAUUGUGUUUUACACUAUUUCCAGUUAUGAAGGGUAUUGAUUAAAACAAUGACUGUGAUGCACUUUUAUGUCUAAAAACUUCAUUAUGUAUGAUACACAAGGUGUUCUGUUAAUAAACGAGGAAUGUGCAAACCUC